CGACAUGGGCAUAUAACUACAACAUAUUGUUAUUGUUUGGAAAUUUUUGUUGCCUAUUUUUACAAGUAAACUAAUGCAUCCUUGAACAUUGUGCAUUUCUGAGAAAUGUAAAUUCUACUUUCAAUUUCCGAAUAUGGUUAGAUCACCAGUUAUUUGUUUAUUAGCAACCAAGAAUAACAUAACCAGAUAGAUCAAGAUUGAAAGAUGGCAGAUAGUUUUGUUGACGCAUCUUACGCGUUUGAUGAAAAGACUAAACAAGGAUUCGUGAGAGUGAUCAUGAAAGUAAACGGAUUGCAAGUAGAGAAAGAAUCUUGGCGUUCAUCUAAGAAAGUGCCCAAGAACGCCAACAUUCCUGAACCUGGUUUUACUGAAAGAACUGUUUUGGUAAAAGUUGAGGGAAAGAAGGAUUCAAAAGUUAAAAAUGUACAACUGAGAAUCAAUAGACUACCCUAUGAUAUUGAUGAUAGUAGCUGUUACAUUGAGCCAGAAGAAAAUCGUGUUGUGGUCUUUCUAAAGAAGGCCGACAGUGGACAAUCAUGGAGAUCCUAUAUUGAAGGAGAUGGAAUAGAAACAGAUUCUUAAAUUUCAUCUUGGAAGACAUCUUUAUUUACCCAUCUUCUUAAAAAACAAGUCUUUAAGCUCUCUUGGUCAUUUAUCAGACAUGAAAAAGGGGGAAAAGAAGUUCUUUAGUUAGAAAAUUUAUAUGAAAAUCUCAACAUAUGAUCACAAGCAAUCUUAAGGUGUCCUAUGACAUAGAAAGAUAUUCACAGGGUAAUAAUGUCCAGAAUACUGUUGACUAGCAACAAUCUUUUUUUGAACAAUUUAAAAUAAAUUUUAAUGGUAAUUUAAGAAGAUAUAUCACUACAUUCCUAAGUAUAAGUAUGUUGUUAUUCUAUUUAUUUGAGAAGAUGGGUAAGAAAAAGAUUGUGUAAAAAGAGGUGGAGAAAUUUUUAUGAUUUAUUAUUAUUAGUAGUAUUGAAGUGUAAUUUUACAAUUUCUUUUUCACUCUUUUAUAUUUACCAUUCUGAUAUACUUUGUUGUUGUUGCCUAAUAUUAGUUUUUGUUUUGUGAAAUAUUUUCGGAAAUAAUUUUGUAUUUUUGUUAUUCUCUUUUUUCUUUCCUUAAAAUACCAAUCUAAGCUAAAAUAGAAUCUCUUAUUUAUAUCUUUAAUAUCUUAUCACAAAAAUCCUAUGACAGAAAUUUAUCAAAUUUUUUUUUAUUAAAAAAGAAAGUUAUUUAUUUGUGAAAUCAGACUGCUGAUCUUAAUCACAUCAAAUUCACAAAUAUUCAAUCUAUCUGAAAUAUAUUUAGAUCAAUUAAAGACAUUUGAUUAUUAAUUUUUUUUUUUAAGAAGAUUCAAAAAGAUUGAGAAGGGAAUUUUUUGAUUAAAUCAUAAUAUUUGGGAUUUUUGUACUAAGGUACCUUCCUCCUUCUAACUUAUAAUUUGAUCUAUUAACUAUAUAGUCUUUAUACAUUAUACCUCUGUUUCUUUUUAGUAUAAGCAAUAAAUAUUUAAUUAGAAAAAUAUUGUUAUUGAAUUAAGUAUCCUUAUAUAGAGUUAUAUCCCUUUACCGUUAUAUAUGGAGUUAUUUCCCUUUACCGCGCUCUUAAUUACAUUGUGAACCAGUAUAGGGUUAAAAAAAAUACAGCUUUACAUAUUUCUUUUCGUUUAGGUUAACCGAAGUAAAUGAACGAAACGCAACAUCUAAAGCUAUAUUUAGUAAUGGCGUCAAACCAGAAAGCGUCUACAUCUAACUAGUUGAGAAAGUUAAUAUCGGAAAUAUAAAGCUAAGCAGUUAGUAGGACCGUGAAUAAUACAAAUGAAGCCACUCGAACCAUGAAAUUGCUUACUAAGCACUGCUUCCCUUUAAAAUAGAAAAGUGCUGUUGGCAUGAACCGGUUUUUGAAAUAAGGAAUAAUGCAUGAAAUAAGUAGAUAAGUAAGAAAUUCAAGCUAUAAAAAUAUACACCUUUCUUUUACUCCAUAGAAAAUCUGAACACGUACGCACUUGGUUCAAUCGUCAGACUAUUCUAUUGUCAAAAUCACACUGGCAAUACUUAACAUUCGGCAUCUAUUGUAGCAGAACUUUCACGGUAGACAGCAUGAGUUCUUAAAACACAUAAACAUAUCAUCAAACUAUUUUGAUUGGUUAAUCCAAAAAAUAAAAGGGAAAUCCAU